CGUCCGCCUCUUUUCCCAGCUCGGAUUGUUUUGAGAGCUGGGUUGAAAUAGCAUGCUAGGGAGUUAGCACACAGUUAGCUUCUCAAACAUCUCUCUGAAGUUGUCGUUGGCGCUGACACCUAAAUAAAAUGUCCAAACUACAGGACGGCCACAGGAAGGAUCUCAGGUCAAACUGGUGAGGGUGUGUUAACCAGCCUGUCAGGCAACAGUUUGGGAAAGGAUGCCUGAGAUCACUGAAACCGAGACAACUGGUCGAAAACCAAAAAAGAAGAAAAACAAAGAAUCCCACAAUGCUGUUGAGCGGCACCGCAAAGAGAAGAUAAAUGCAGGGAUCAACCGCAUCGGCAAUCUGUUGCCGUGUUCACAAGCUCUGAAACAGAGUAAGAACAUGAUCCUGGACCAGGCCUUUCGCUACAUCACGGAGCUGAAGAAACAAAAUGACACACUGCUCCUGGAAGGCGGUGAUAAAGUCCAAGCGGAGGAGAUCCGCCGACUGCGGCAUCAUUGCGAGGAGCUUCGCAAGGAGAGCGCCCACUACAUCCAACUCCUCAAAGCCCACGACAUCAAUUUCCUCGAAGACCCCACGGUCCACUGGAAGGGCAAGCGGCGCUGUGCCAAAGUGGCCAAAGUGACCCCCACUCAUCAGCUGCCCAAGGGCAUCAUCGUCUAUUCCAACGGCAACGUGACGUGCCCCGCGGGAAAAGAGAGCGCCCCCGGGAAGCAGCCCUCGGAAACCAUAAUCCUUCAGCCCCCUUUGGAGGUGAGCGCAAGCGUGAGGGUGAACGGAGCCUUGCUCCAAGUCACGACUUCCGCCGCGUCGCUUCACUCCGGUUCGAGCGUCGCCCAGUCGACGGCAGGCCUCGCGUUGGUGGAGCAGCGUGCUGUCGAGAAGACGCCUCAGCCGCCCUCCGUGUCGUACAUCACCCUCCAGCUCCCCGCCGUGAACGCCGGGUUGCCCCACCCGCCCGCCGCCUCCGCCCAGACCAACGUAGCCCCGAUUUCAGCGUCUCCGCUUCCGCUGCCCGUCUCCUGUCUCGCCACAAUAAAUCAGACUGUGAGGGACACCGCCCUCAGGACUGUAAGUUACACUGGCAUCCCCAACAGUCAAGCCCUUCUCCGAGCGGGGGCGGCGGGCAGCACGCAAACCACGUGGACAACGCUGCAGAUGGCGGGCAACACGGUGCAGCCCGUCUGCCAGAGUCUUGGUAGCACCACGCAGGCUGUCCGCCAGGUGACGGUGUGUCCCGUGGGCGCCGAGCCUCCUCCGGUUCAGCAGAUUCAAAUCCAGAUGCAGCCUCCUCCUGCGCCUGCACAACAAGCCGCCGUCACCGCGCAUAUUCAGGCAAACCCGCCACAGCUGCGCCCAGCCGUCCCAGUCCUCGCCCCGCAACCUCAGUGCGCCGUGCUACCGCAGCCGGCCGUGGUGGCCCAUCCCGCCGUCGUUUCCCAGACCCAGUCGGCCGUCCUCCGGCCCGCCUCGCUCGUUCCCCACCCUUCGGCGGCGCUGAUCCCUCGAGCGCAACCGCAGGCCGCUGUGCUGCCGCUCCUCCAGACCAUGCAGGUGCUGCAGGUCAAAGCGAGCGGCGCGGCGGCCACGGCGCCGCAGAGCAGCAACAACAACAACAACCCCAGCGUGGUCAUUCUGCAGCAGGCGAACUCCUGCCCGAGCCAGCCGGUCAUGAGAGAAGAAGCGAGCAACCCGGCGCCCUGUCAACAUAUCGUCAUCAUCCAGGCUUCUAAUCACGCUGCGCCCGCCCCUCAGAAUCCCAAUCUUGGCUUGGUACCCUCCGCCGCCUCCGCUGACGCUGCCGCGCCUUCUUCAGCGCCAGCCACUCAAACACCCAACACCACUCAAACACCCAACAGUUCAACAUUGCAGAGCGUGGGCGGCAAGCAGCUGGUGCACAUUCUCCCGCGUCCGGCGCAGCCUCCGGUGAGCCAUUCGUCACAGACGAGCCAGACACCUGCCGGAGUCCACGCGACGCCGCAGACCAUCACUGUGAACGGGCAGGUCUUCGCCCUAAAGACCAUGAAGACUUCGGACAAAACCGCAUCCCAAAGUACAAUUCAACUGGUCCAGCCGAACACCACGGAGGAACCCACCACCAACGUGGCUCUCAAGAGUCUCGGGGCCCUCAGUUCUCUCAACCAGAGCAUCUCCCAGGGCCUUCCGCUGAGCAUUUCUAGCCAGAGCAACAACAGCGGCCCACCUGCAGCUACUCCAUCUGCAGCGGUGCAGCAGAAACAACUGGCUCCUGCUCCCGGGAGCGUCCCCGGAACCACAGCGGUCCCGCCUGUCCAGCAAGCGAAAGCGCCAGUCAAAUCUGGACAAGCGGCGAGUGCGCCGAAGGCUGCCGGAAAGAGGCCGCAGACGACUCUGCAUGCUAAGCAAUCGGCGGCGAAAAGGACGAAAGCAUCGAAGAAAAGCGUGCUCAGCCAAGCUAGCUCUGACGAAAACCAGAUCGCAUCUCCGGCCUCAGACGUUCCUCCGGUAGCCGCUGUGACGGAGUCUGCCGGAACCGUACAACGUGUCACUUCCCCACAAAGCCCGUCGAAAACCGUUGCUUGCGUUACAUCGAGCGGCCCGACUGUACUUAAUCAGCCCCCGCCAAAAAGCGUCGGCUCGGUCGGCGCGAAUGCCGAUGAUGUCGUUUCCAGCCAAGCGAGCGCAGUUGCGACUGUCAGCGCGGCAUCAGUCGCGGCUUCGGCGAUUGGAGCCGCCGCGGCCGCGAAUGACAAAGCGGCUGCAGCUUCAAACGGGAGCUUGGCUGCGAGCAAGCCUGUAGAACGCGAAACGACGGGCACCGUGACUCGCACCACGCAAAGUAACUCAGCUCUUCCAUCGACGGUAUCGAAAUCGAGCGCAACGGUUUUCACGGCUGUGACUGGCAGUGAUGUCGCGAACGGCGCCACCGCCGCUCACGCUGCACGCCCUCCUUCGGUUUGCGCCACAGCGAUCGUCCCGGCAACUCAGAGUACGCAAUCGCUAUCCUGUCCACAACAACUCAACAACAUCAAAUCGGUGCCUUGCGGUAAAGAACCCGCUUCUUCAUCCGCCGCGUCCACAACCUCAACUCCAUCGUCGUCGGUUGGCGCUUGUACGACACGGCGGCCCGACCCGAGCGUCAAACUUCCUCCGGCGGCGCCGGCGGCGGCAAAGACCCGACAGGCCCAAGAAGCGAGUCCCGCGACAAGCUUAGCAUCGUCCACGUCCGAUACGACGCAGAAGAAAGACUUUGUGCUAUCUCACGGGGUUUACACGAACCUAGAUGAUCAAACUCUGGAGCCCCCCGUGACGGAUUCGCCCAUGUCGACAGUGGCGGGGGGAGGCAGGGGCUUCUCGGUGGCCUCCAUGCUCCCUCAAGGUCAGGACAUGAGCGCUUCCUCUGGCUCCUUUGGAACGUUUACCUUCACAUCCGAGCAGGCCGAGAUGCUCGCGUUGGCCAUGUUGGAACAGGACAGGAGUCGGGAAAAAGCCACCGCCGCGCAGCAAGCCAAAGGGAGCAAACCCGCGGACGCGGUUAAACCUCCAGGUCAGGUGUCCAUCAGAGGGCAGGGUGGCGACGGCUCCGUCAGCGGGACCGGCGGAAGCAGGCAUCCGCAGAACCCGGCGGCUCAUCUCAUCGCGUACUCCCAGUCGCAGUCUCUCCCGCAGGUCCAGACUCAGAGCUCAGCCCAAAGCGGCACCGUGGCCAGCUUGAGCGUCAACAACCUGAUCAGGCCCAGCUCCUCUCAGCAACCCUUCCCGGGAUCUCCCAGUCUGGCGGGCCAGCAGUGCUCGGUGCCCUCGCCCGCCGCUGCCGCCGCCUCGGUCCACAUUUCCCAAUCGUCCAACAACACGCUCUCGCCCUGCUCGGGUGCCGGCCAGCUGAACGAGUACGCCCCCAUGAAAACGGCUUUGAUGAGGGCUCAGGCGGAGCGGCAGGUCAAGAUCCUCUCGAAGCGGCAGGCCCAGGAGGAAGUCAUGCUCAACGGCGGCAAACGACCCAAGGCGUGCCCGGCGCCGGCGCCCGCCGUGGGCCACAUGGACGUGAAAGGGGCGGACCACGGCCAGAUGAUGGUCGGACAAAUGCCUCCCUCGUCGAGGAUCAACUCCGAGGGCUCCCUCUUCUCCACCAACUCCUUCAUGAGCACCGUCGUCCGAUCCACGGACGCGCACUGCCCCCCCGAGCAGAACCAGCCGGGGGUGCUCCACCCACCCCAGGGUCAUCCGCAACAUCCCGCCGCCCAGCACCUGGGAGGCAAUCUAUACAUGAAACAGCAGCAGCAAGAGCAGCAGAGACACCACCUGUACCAUUUGCAACACCACCUGACCCAGCCCGACGCCGCCCAGCGCCACUCGCUCCACCAGAGGGCGCUCCAGCAAGAGCAGCAUGCGCAGAAGAAGAGGGGGCUGGUCCGAGGCAGCCAGAGCGGCUCGCCGGCUGCCGCCGCCGCCGCCCUGCAGCAAAAGCAGCAUCACCGCGAAAAGUCCGCCGUCCAACAGCAGCACGCGCACCCGCAACAGGCGGCGCAUCAGCAUCAACAGUCGCAUCCGCAGCAGCACCAAGUGCCUGCGCACCAGCAGCAGCACCAACAGCAGCAGCAGCAUCAUCAACAGCUGCAGCAGCAGCAACAGAACUCCCAUAGCAGGCACCAGCAGCAUUUGCAACAACAGAUACAGCAACAGCAGCAGCAGCAGCAGCACUUUCGACACCAGGAGAAAAGCUGCGAGGCCCAGGCAGCAGGAGCCAGAGCCCACCACAACAACCACCUGGCGCAGCAGGACCACCUCAAGCCUGGUCAAGAUCACACUGCCAUGCAGAGGAUGAUGACUUCAAGGAGCCUGGAUCAUCAGCAGCAGCAGCAGCAGCAGCAACAACUCAUCUCGCCCAGCAAUCCGGCGUCGCGCUCGUCCGAGCUGUCGUGCACGCCAUCGCGCCAGGAGCGCCACCGCGUCUCCAACUACUCUGCCGAGGCGCUAAUCGGCAAAAGCACCACGAGCGCCGAUCAGCAGCAGCAGCAGCGCAUGGCUCACCAUCUACCGCCGAGCCGCGGCGGCACUGCGCCGGAGCAAGGCGACCUACGCGGCUACAUGGACGCGUCGGGACGAGGUAAAGCCAACGUGCCGCACAACCCGCAGGGCCGAAUCCCGUCGGACCACCCGGGCCCGAACGACAUUCAGCGCGUGUCGGAGUGCCUGCCGUUCAAAAGCAUCGCGGCGGGACCAAGUGCGCAUCAGCUCGCUGGUUUCGAGGCUCAGGUUUCCCGAGGGAGCGACAUGGCCGCCAAGCCGCAGAGGGCGCAGCUGCAGCAGGGAACCUUCCGCAUGGGCGCCGGCCCCCCGCCAGACGGCAGGAAUCGCGUCUCGGGUGGCUACGCGGGGGUCCAUCUCGGGCCGCAGGGGGCGCACGUGGGACCGGCGCUGCUGCGCGAGCAGGAAGCUUGUCACCAGAGUUUCAUGCAGAGCCUCCUGUCGCCUGAGGGGAACCACCAGAGGACGGCGCAAUGCUGCCCGCCGGUCAGCAUGGAGUACCCCUCGGUGGACAUCCAGGUCAAAGCGUCCAGCCCCAGCCAGAAAGCCUCCGCCAUGAACAAAAGCCACAUUUCUCAGGUCAACACCAAUAUGCAUGGUGGCGUGCGGGCGGCCCACCCCGCCGAACCGGGCCGCCCUUCGGCACCCUCCAGGCCGCCUGUCAGCCAGCAUUCGCGGCACGCGCCGCCUGCCAAGCUGAGACCGGGCGAGCGGCCCCGCCCGGGGACGCUGCGUCCCGGCAACCCCUUCGAGCCCGAAGGCCAUCUGCCCCUCCCAUCCGGAGGCGGCGUGCUCCUGGGCCGGACGCAGUCGGGCGGCGAAGCGCGGCGCAGCGCCAUCGUACGCUUCAUGGCGGACGGCACCCAGGCGCCCGGAGACAACAACCUGGUGGCCGAGCAGCACCUGGCGCAGAACUUCGGUUUCCCAUUCAUCCCCGAGGGCGGCAUGAACCCGCCCAUCAACGCCAACUCCACCUUCAUCCCGCCCGUCAGUCAACCCAACGCUUCCUCGCGCACGCCCUCCCUGCUGCCCGUCGAGCCGCAGAACACGUUACCCUCCUUCUACCCGUCCUACUCGCCAGCCGCCCACCCCAGCCUGCCGGGCGAUGUCACCCUGCAGUACUUUUCCAACCAGAUGUUCACCAGCCCCGGCCCCGACAAGCCCAGCGCCCCGCCGCCCCUCAACAACCGCUUCGGCUCCAUCCUGUCGCCGCCGCGUGCCGUUGGCUUUGCGCAAGCUAGCUUCCCACUGCUGCCCGACAUGCCACCCAUGCCCAUCGCCAACUCGUCAGGCAUCACGCCGCACAUCUCCAAUUUCAGUCUCACGUCGCUCUUCCCAGAAAUCGCUGCUGGGAUGCCCACCGACGGCUCGGCCAUGCCCAUGUCGCCGCUGCUGUCACUUGCCAACGCAUCCGCCGCCGAUUCGGGCAAGCAACCCAACAGGCCAGCGCACAACAUCAGCCACAUCCUCGGACACGACGGCAGCUCAGCCGUGUGACCGAGGAAACGGCGACAAGCAGUGUGAAAGGGGCUAUUGUUUACGUGACUGUUUCGAUCGCAUUUUUGUCAUGUUCAUUGAUCAGUUUUUUGUUUUGUUUUUUUGCUUCAAGCUUUAUGGGCAGCGUUAUCGGUUUGUUUGUAAAAGAACAAUCCAGUCUAUGUUUGGAACAAGAACUUUUUGGUUUUCUCUAUGUUGUUGAAGAAGAAACCUGCAGCAUUAAUGUAUUUGACUAACUUAUAUCAGGUUGUUCUGUACAGAAUCAAGACUGUUUUGUAAAUACACACGUUUCAUAUCAGAAGGUUAGAUUGUGCAUUUGUACAUAAA